CCCCCUGAUACCGAUGACGAGGCACUAUUCCUGCCAGUGACACCGAUGACGAGGCACUAUUCCUCCCACUGACACCAAUGACGGGGCACUAUUCCUCAAGCUCAUCCUCUCCAAAACCGAGCUCCUCAUCUUUCCCCCUGCCAACACCCCCCCCCCCCCAUCCUAUCCAUCAUCGCCAACAACUCCACUAUCACUCCCGCCCCGCAAGCCAAAGUCCUUGGCGUCAUUCUUGACGCGAACCUCUCCCUCCCCCCCAACCGCAUUGGGAGGAAUAGUGCCCCAUCAUUGGUAUUAGUGACACCAAUGAUGGGGCACUAUUCCCACUGACACCAAUGAU